AUGCCCGGUGGCAUUUGCCUCUCUGCCGUCCCUCCCUCUCUCUCUCCCUCUCGUUCUCUUCUCACACGCUCUCUUUCUCUCUCCCCCCUGAAUUUCCCUCCCCGUCAUCCUUCCUCUCGCUGCUCUGUUUUUGGGCUGGACCGGAGGCUCCCGGACGAUCCUAUGGUUUCUCUUUGUUCCCAUCGUUAAUUUAUCACUCUUUCGUCGGUCGGAACUACACAGCGUUGUCCCCGGGACCACACACGAUACAGCCUCAUCCAUCUCUAGGCCUUGUCCGCAUGUCGACUGGAGUUGACAGUCGACACUCCCAGGGUACACCGUCAUUUUCCAUCCCCGGUUCGAGAGCAGGUCGACGCUCAGUGUCGCGCGCCUCCGAUCCCGCAUUCACUUCUGUCAAUCUGGACGAUUCACUCGAUAAACCUCCUCGCAGCCUCACCGCUAUGAUGUCCCAAAAUCAGCGGUCGCGCUACCUCAAGACCGGCGCCAUUGUCGGUGUCGUACUGCUGAUGCUCCUGUGGCUGUCGCCUUCCAAGCCCAGCGUCAGCAACUUUGGAUCCCAACCCCCGAACACUGCCGUGGUUCCGUUGACCGACAAGUGUACGAAGCCGCACGACCCCUCGAAGCCCUUGAUCCAAUAUGCGCUCAUGAUCGACGCGGGAAGCCAGGGCUCCCGCAUCCACGUCUACCGGUUCAACAACUGCGGCCCGACCCCCGAGCUGGAGAACGAAGUCUUUGAGCAGACCGAGAAGCGCCAGGGUGGCUCUGGACUGAGCGCGUACAAGGAGGAUGCGGAGGGGGCCGCCAAGAGUCUAGACCCUCUGAUGCAGGUCGCUCUCAAGUCCGUGCCCGAUGAGUACAAGUCUUGCUCCCCCGUCGCCGUCAAGGCCACCGCGGGACUGCGCAUGCUCGGACCCGAGCUGAGCCAGCGCAUUCUGGAGGCCGUGAGAACGCGUCUGGAGACGGUCUACCCCUUCCCGGUCGUGUCUCGAGAGAAGGGCGGUGUUCAGAUCAUGGAUGGCUCCGACGAGGGUGUCUACGCCUGGAUCACCACCAACUACCUCCUUGGAAAGAUUGGCGGUCCGGACGAGACCCCUACCGCAGCCAUCCUCGAUCUGGGUGGCGGUUCCACGCAGAUUGUCUACCAGCCCACGUUCCCGAAGAGCCCCAACGGCGGCAUGCCGGAGCAGCUGGCGGCUGGCGACCACAAGUACGAGCUGCAGUUCGGCGGUCGGCACUUUGACCUGUACCAGCACUCCCACCUGGGCUACGGGCUGAUGGCCGCGCGGGACGCCGUGCACAAGGCGAUCGUCGAUGCGAAGCUGGCCGCCAGCCCCGUUGACCUGUCCUGGCUGACGCAGCCCAUCUCCAACCCUUGCAUUGGACCGGGCAUGGAGCGCGAUGUCGAGCUGACCUUCGACAACGACCACAAGCUCGCGGGCAAGGUGACCGUGAAGAUGGUGGGCCCGAAGGCGGGCAUGUCGUCCGCGGCGCAGUGCCGUGGCCUGACGGAGAAGAUCCUCAACAAGGACGCCGACUGCAAGCUGGCGCCAUGCUCCUUCAACGGGGUUCACCAACCCUCGAUGGAGAAGACCUUUGCGCGGGAAGACGUGUACAUCUUCUCUUACUUCUACGACCGCACCAAGCCGCUGGGCAUGCCGGACUCGUUCACUCUGGAGGAGAUGCACCAGCUCACGGCGACGGUGUGCGCGGGCGAGCCGCAGUGGAAGAUCUUCGAGGGCAUCGACGAUGCUCUGGCGCAGCUGCGCGACCGGCCCGAGUGGUGCCUGGACCUCAACUUCCAGCUGGGUCUGCUGCACACGGGCUACGACAUGCCGUUGUCGCGCGAAGUUAAGAUCGCGAAGAAGAUCAAGAACAACGAACUUGGCUGGUGUCUGGGCGCGAGUCUGCCCCUACUGAGCAAGGAGUCCGGCUGGACAUGCCGGGUGAAGGAGGUUUCCUAAGCGGAUGACGGUGACGCGGUGACGACGAUAGUUAAUAAGAUCAAGACUUUUUACUCUUGAGCGUAUACAUUUCUAAUUUCAUGCAAAUAGUCUAGACUUGAACCUACCUUCCCGUGCGACGUGUGUUGAAUCUGGUGGUGUUGUGUUGGUGUUGGUGUUAUGUACGGUAUGAUUAUGCUAGUUAUGCUAUCUAUCUAUUCUAUCCAA